AUGUUGGGCGAGCCAGCAACAAAGCAUGAAGAUCUCUUAGGUGGAAUCCGUCGGCUCGACAAGAAUGAGCUGUACUCCGAUCUCACCAUCACCUGUGGUGGUGAUGUCUAUAAAGCGCACAACCUGGUCGUCUGCUCUCAAUCCAGCGCAGAGGAAGGGCGCAUCGAUCUCCCAGAGGAUGACCCAUGGAUGGUAGAACGAAUGAUCUACUACUUCUAUCAUCUCGACUACCUGCCUACAACCCGGAUGAACAUGUGCAAACUUUCUGGCCUCGAUCCGCUAGGAGAUGAUCGUUGUCCGUGUAUCUCAGCUACUCACAUGAAGUGUAGUAUUGAUACCGACGAAUGCCUCAUCACCCACUCGUACAUGUAUUCCAUGGGCGAUAGGUUCGGAAGUCCAGGAUUGCGAGAUAUGGCCAGCGCCAAGUUCACCGCGGCCUUAGUCCAACACGGAACGACGACAGGGCUGCCGCCUGUGAUACCUGUCGUGUGUGCGACAACGCCCGAUUCAGAUCCCGUCUUGAGGACGCUUGUUGCUCAGGACAUUGUCACCUAUAAGGGUUUCCUCGAGGACAAGAUUCUCCAGAUUUCACUGAGAGAGCACCCAGUCAUGGCAUAUUACGUCCUCCGAGCCGAACACCCAGAUCUCAACCUGCCACUGCCAAGGAUCUGA